GCUUGGGGAAAUCAGUCAGUUUCACUUUCCUUUCUCUGUAAAAGCAGCCUCUAGCCUCUCCCAGCCUGAGUUAUUGGACUAUAUAAAGGACCAUCAGCUUGCACUUUCCACCUCACACACCAAGCUACUGUCCUCCACAGAGCUCAGACCAACACCCUUCUCAGCACCAUGGGUCUUCUUGGAAUAGCACUUGGGGCCGCACUCGGUGUUGGUACGGCCACCGUUGCGAUUCCAGCGGUUGUAGGACUAGCGGGCUUCACAGCUGCCGGUGUUGCGGCCGGAUCCGUCGCCUCCUCCAUGAUGUCAGCAGCGGCGGUAGCCAAUGGGGGCGCAGUGGCUACUGGAUCUGCGGUGGCUGUUCUACAGUCAAUAGGGGCAGCAGGACUCUCUACCGCAGCCUCUGCAGCACUGUCCAGUGCCGGGGCGACUAUCGGAGCCAUCCUGAUCUAACCCUCGGCCUGCGACCCCCUGGAUCCAUCCCUGAGGUGGACUCACCAGCCCAGCCCAGCGUGCCCUUUGAUCCCAAACUAAAAAAUAUUUAGGAAAAUGCAUGCAGUUAGCACAAAAAGCAAUUUUGUAACAGAAACAACCUUCGUAAAACAGUUAGUUGACAAUAGUGUAAUGUUGUUCUGUUUAAAUAAAUAACAAAUUCACUAAGCCGCAGUCACUGUUAUCUUUGUUUUGUCAGCCAAACACAGUAUCUACUAAGAUUUUCAAAAGGCAUUUGAUAAUGUAUCACAUGAGAGACUUGUUAGUAAAAUGAAGACAGUAGGAGCACUACUGAACAAAGGAUUUAGCGUAAAUUACGAAAUUAACCCUCUCCUGCCAUCUUAAGGUCUUAAGGUAUGGAAUCCUAAGAGUUUGAGGUAUGCUGGGACACACCUGUUCAUUUACAUACAUACCGUACACAUACACACCUGCACCUACGCACACACACCCGCACACCUAUUUUCACCACUAAUUGCCUUUAUUCUUGGCUUUGGUCAUUGUCAUUGUUCUAGGUUUCUGUCAUUUUUCUGUCACGCUUUUUGGACUGGCAUCAGGACAUAACUGACCCGUCAGCAUGCUGGAAUGUGUUUUCUUUGUUUUUUAGAGGUGUAUCCCCAUAUGAAUGCUAGCUGUCCAGUUCCGUUUCUCUUGAAGUGAAACACUUCAAGAGAAGUGUAACUUGGACUUACUGUGUGUUGCUGUUAUGUGUUCUUACAUGUGAUUGGGAGGAUGUACUCUACUGAUGCUGUACUGGAAUAAAAUUCCACCAACAUGA